UAAUUCAUGGCGGCAACAUGGGAAGAAAGCGUGACGAGCUCCAUCAACACCAUCUAUCUCCUCUUCUCUGCCUACCUCGUCUUCGUCAUGCAACUCGGGUUUGCCAUGCUUUGCGCUGGUUCUGUUCGAGCCAAGAAUGCCAUGAACAUAAUGCUCACUAAUGUUGUUGAUGCCGUGGUAGGCAGCCUCUCUUUCUAUCUCUUUGGCUUUGCUUUCGCAUUCGGAGAAGGCUCCAAUUCCAAUCCUUUCAUUGGUACCAGUUUCUUUGCUCUCAAGGACAUUCCCAGCAGCUCAACUUAUGACUACGACUUCUUCCUUUUCCAAUGGGCAUUUGCCAUAGCUGUUGCUGGUAUAACAAGUGGUUCCAUAGCUGAGAGAACCCAAUUUACUGCGUACCUCAUCUUCUCUUGCUUUCUCUCUGGGUUUGUGUACCCUGUGGUGGUUCACUGGGUUUGGUCAUCAAGUGGUUGGCUCAAUCCUGGUUCGACUAGGUUCUUGCUGUUUGGUUCUGGUUCUAUCGACUUUGCUGGAAGUGGUGUGGUUCAUUUGGUAGGUGGGAUUGCUGGGCUUUGGGGCUCUUUCAUAGAAGGCCCAAGAGUGGGCCGGUUCGAUGCGUUUGGGAAGGCCAUACCAAUCCGAGGCCACAAUGUGACCCUUGUGGUGCUCGGAACAUUUCUGUUGUGGUUUGGAUGGUUUGGCUUUAAUCCGGGCUCUUUUGAUAAGAUUCUCGUGGCUUAUCCGGACACAACCGAUCAAGGGAAUUGGACUGCAGUGGGCCGAACAGCAGUUGUUACCACAUUAGCCGGGUCCACUGCCGGAAUCAUAACCCUCUUCGGCCGGCGGUUACUAGUGGGACAUUGGGAUGCACUAGAUGUUUGCAAUGGAGUUCUUGGUGGGUUUGUUGCCAUAACUUCCGGAUGUGCGGUGGUUGAGCCAUGGGCUGCAGUCGUUUGUGGAUUUUUUGCCGCUUGGGUCUUAAUUGGGCUGAAUAUCUUGGCCCUCAAGCUUCAAUUUGACGACCCACUAGAGGCAACCCAAUUACACGGUGGGUGUGGCGCUUGGGGUCUGAUAUUUACAGGGUUGUUUGCAAAGGAGGAGUUUGUAGUCCAAGCCUACGAUUCGGGUGUGGUAGGUACAUCACGGCCUUAUGGACUGUUAAUGGGUGGGGGUUGGGGUCUGCUCGGAGCCCAAGUGGUUGAGGCUUUGGCGAUUGUUGGCUGGGUUAGCUUGACAAUGGGUCCGCUAUUUUACAUCCUUCACAAGCUUAAAGUUCUGAGGAUCUCUGUUGAUGAGGAAAUUGCAGGUCUUGAUGUCUCUAGCCAUGGAGGACAGGCCUACGUUCAUACAGAUGAGAACCAGCCUAGGUUUUAUGCAGAUUAUGUUCGAAUGCAAGCUAAUUAGUCUUGAUCCAACAGUUAUCAGGCAAGAACAGAGUUCUUUUCAAAAAACAGUACAAAGUUCCCAAAAUAUGUAAAUUUGAUUCAUCCUUCUUAAUUUCAAUGCAAUAUUUGCAUUUUCAAGUUA